AUGGCACCCAAAGAAAGCGAGAAGAAGGUCAUUCAGGAGAAGAUUGCAAAGGUCCGUGAAGUUGUUGAUAAUGUAACUAAUAACGAUAUCAUCAUGGUUCUCCAUUCUUUCGACCUGGAUGUCAACAAAACCAUUUCAGCUUUCUUGGAAGAUGGAGCUUCUAGCAUUCUCGGGGGAUGGACUACAUCUAGCGGAGUCAGUGUCACAGCAGCAAAGAAGAAAAAGAACAAGAACAAGAAAACGACUGAAACGGCUGCACCAGUAUCCACCCCUACUGUUCCAGCGCCUAUAAAGACUGCUCCAGCUCCAGUUGUCGCUGCUCCACCCUCUUCUUCGGUAACUAAAUCUGCUGCGGCUCCUAAAACAGUCGCGAGCGCUCCAGCUCCUACUGAUGCCCUCUCUGCUGCAUUCAAGUCUAUUCGGCUAGCUUUGAACGAACGAGAGAAAGAAUUGAAGCAUGCAAACGCUACAGAGAUCGAUGCAUCUGCGAUUCUCAAUGCAAUCGCUUCUAUUGGAAGAUCCUCCAAAUCUACUUCCAACGGAAAGCCAGCCUCGAAACCAGCCAAGCAAGCUGCAUCUCCUCCUCCAGCCGGACCUAUCAAGCAUGCUACCAGCCAGUCUAGUAUCACAUCAUCUGUUGGGGCGGAUUCAGGAGUCAACCUUAGCCCAACACACAAAGAAGAGAAAAAAGCGGCUCCGAAGACAGUUGUCAACUCUGGCGGAGUUCAGCUCACGUCGUCUGGUCUCAGUGCUGAUCAGCUGGCUGCCCUCCAGCAAACUCUUCAGCUUACCAUGGCUGCUCGCGGGCUUGAUGCCUCUCUGCUCACAUCUUCGGAAAACGUACCACGUAGACCGAAGAAUAACAACAACAACAAAUCAUCGACUGAUGGCAAGAAGGGCAACAAAGGAGCCCAGAAGGAACAGCCAAAGUUGUCUAUUUUGUAA